AUGCUUCUGCUUGAUUACCAGAACGUACUUCUUCAAUCCGUGCUCACGGAAAGGUUCUCAGGAGCACCCCCCGCCUCCAUCGACCAGACCGUGUCCGACUUCGACGGGGUUACCUUCCACAUCUCUACCCCCGAAACCAAGACUCAGAUCCUGGUGUCCAUCAACAUCCGCUGUUUCAAAGAACUCGUCCAGUACGGCGCUGAGCAAGUGCUGCAACGCGAAUACGGCCAAUAUGUUGUUUCCCCCGAGCCAGGCUACGACUUCUCCGUCCUAGUUGACUUGGAGAACCUCCCUGCCGACACGGAGGCACGAGAGGACUUGGUAAACAAGAUCUCGUUACUCAAGCGCAACGUCAUGGCCGCCCCCUUCGAACAUGCAUACGAGGAACACUACAAGCUCAGCGAGGCUGCGUCGAAAUACACGUCCGAGGAGGCCCCUCAGGGUGUUCAAGAUGGCGGCGAUGUAAUGGCUAUUCAUUACCGCGAGGAGGAAGCCAUCUACAUCAAGGCGAGCGACGAUCGAGUGACCAUUAUCUUCAGCACCAUCUUCCGAGAGGAGACCGACCGCGUGUUUGGAAAGGUCUUCAUUCAGGAGUUCGUGGAUGCUCGGAGAAGAGCCAUCCAGAACGCACCCCAGGUGCUGUUCAGGAAUGACCCGCCCCUGGAGUUGCAAGGUGUCCCGGGUGUCAAGGAGGGCAGCGGUGGCGAUGUUGGUUAUGUCACGUUCGUUCUUCUCCCGCGGCAUCUGACGCCGCAGCGGAUGCCUGAUGUCAUCUCUCACAUCCAAACAUUCCGAGACUACUUCCACUAUCACAUCAAAGCAUCCAAGGCGUAUAUCCAUUCCCGUAUGAGACGGAGAACUGCAGAUUUCCUCCAAGUCCUUCGAAGAGCCCGGCCAGAGAACGAGGAGAAGGAAAGGAAGACGGCAAGCGGACGGACCUUCAGACAGGGCGCCUAG